AUGCGAUACGUCACGCUUCUCCUCUGGAUCUCGACAGUUUGGAGCCUUGAAGCGCCACGAGCGGUCCUCCAACGACACCUGAUGGCCCUCCAGAGAGCCGCCAACUCUGGCAACCAUCUACAACUCAUUCAGAGUUCUGUCCGCGGAAGUAGGCGUCAUUUUAUUGCCCAACUACCGGGGGCACACCACUAGAAUUUUCAGCCAACAUUCCGGCGCUGAUCCAAUUGCUACGUGGCUCGCAACACGACGUCCAAGACGCGCGAUACUUGAAUGUGGACAGUGUGGAAGGAGUGGUGCAGCAUCGGAACGCGCACGGAAGGCCACAAAUGUACCGGAUGACGAUCGGCCGGUUCCCGACGAGUCCGACGCAAUGGGUCAUCAGGGAAUCGGUUCCGUUCGCCGUCGGAGGAUGA